AUAUACCGUCGUCUUUGCUUAUCUGUGCUGCUGUGCUAGUUGCGUCGUCUCGUGCGUAUGUCAAAUUGAAGCCUUUUCUCCUAUUGUACCAUUACUCCAGAGAUUGAUAUUGCGCGUUGUCUAAAAUAUUAGACCGAUCCAGAGUGACAAAAUUGACUACGAAGUUCCCAGGUUUAUUUAUAUAUAUAAUUGAUUCUGUUGCCGAUAACUACGUUGAGAGUCCGUUGAAUUAUUAGGUCUUACUGCUAUAGAGAAUGGUAUCUCAACCAGAUUGGGUUCAUGCCCAACACAAAACCAUGACAAGAUGGAUAAAUUCGACUCUUGGUCUAUCUAUUAAGGACUUGACUAAAGAUUUGGCAGAUGGAUUGGUUCUUAUUAAGCUUAUUAACCACGUGAAUGCCGAAACCGAUGCUGUUCCUUAUAAUUUAACUCCAAUGUAUUCCAAACCAACUUUUAAAUUACAAAAAAUCGAAAACUUGAACGAUUUCUUACAAUUCGUUAAACUCGUUUGCAAAAUCAAUAUUUGUAAUAUUGACGCAGAUAAUAUCAUCGAUGGUAACUUGAAAUUGAUCUUAGGGCUAAUUUGGUCGAUUUUCAUUUACUCAACUUCAAAUUCACUUAUUGAAAAAUCUCAAAAUAACUCCUUAAUUGAAAUUAAAUCAAUCUUGAUCAAUUGGUGUAAUAAUAUUAUACAUAAAAGGGCCUUACCCCAAUUGUCCAACUUUAAUAAAGAUUGGUCGUUGGAAAUAAACCGUCCUGACUUGACUUUUGCGGCUAUCUUAUCGUUUUAUUUGCCGGACUUGAUUAACUAUAAUGAUUUUGUCUUGCCAGGGAAAACUUAUCAAAAUUUAUCAAACGUCUUGAACGUGGCCACGGACAACUUGGGCAUUCCGGCGUUGGCAGACGUUGACGAUUUCAAUUUCUUGGUCCCCGACGAAAAAUGUGUUAUAUUCUACGUUUUAGAAUGGUUUAAGUUUUUCGAAAUGAAUUCAAAUGAUGAGGUAGAAAGUCUCAUUGAAGAAACCGAGUUAGAAUCAAUCGAUAAUCAAAAUCCAAUCUACUUUGACGAGUUCUUCCAAACUAUCGUCGCCACUAUCAAAUUAAAACAUAUCUAUGAAACUAAAUCUCUCAGACUCAUUAAUCAAUUGAAUUCUAAUAUACUAAAACUUACUAACUCUUUGGAAUUCAUUAAUAAUCAAGAUUUGGUGCCAAUAUUAUCAAAUAACAUCAAUAUUUUCUUAAAUACUUUCAACUCGAAUGAAGAGUUGGUGGCGGCAACUACUGAUAAUUUUAAUAAUAUUGAAAAUAACUUUAAUCAUUUAAUCUCAAUCUUAACUGAAUUCGAUCAAUAUAAGACGAUCUUGAAACCAGAAUACAUUUAUAAUGAUUUCCCAGAAUUAUCAAAAUCAUUAAGCUCAAUAUCAGUCAACCUAAAUCUAAUUGGUAUCACUCAAAAUUAUCAACCACCAAAAUCUUUAACCUUACCUUCCUUAUUAAAUAAAAUGGAUAAAUUGCAAGAUUUAGAAACUUCGUUGUCUUUAAAAUUGAAAAGCUUGAUUGACCAAUUAGAUAAUUGGCAAGAUUUCAAUCUUCAUCUCACUUCAUUAGCACAAAAAUUACCUGAGUGUCGUAAUAAUAACGAAAAAAAAUCAAUCAUUUGUGAUUAUAUUAAUAGAUUCGAAUAUCUUAUUUCGGUUAAUCACAAAUUGGAUUUUUUCAAUAGAACUUUGGAAUUAACUAAAAGUCCAAAAGAAUUACAAAAACAUCUAGAUUCCUUGAAUAAUCCUUGUCAUGAUUGCUCUCCUAUAAAGAUAAAUUUUGAAGAUUCUCAAAUCUCUCAGUUCAAAGCUGUCUUACCCCAAGAUAAGCUGUUGAAUAACCUAUCUUUCAUUGACUUGAAUUCUCUUUUGAAAAACUUCUUUCAAAAUCAAAAUGAUAAAAAUUCAUUCCAAUCAUUUAUUCAAUUAAUCCCAAACCGUACUCUCGUUUUAAAUAGAAGUGAAAGUGAUUUCAAUAUCCACUAUCCUUCAGAUGAAAGUGACGACUCAAAUUCCUUAUUCGAUGGCUUGUCCAAAAAGGUCGGUGGUAAGCUAAUGGGUAAUUAUGAUAAAGUAUAUAACUUAGCUGAAUUCAUUGACAAAUUAGAAAAUGGUUUCAAAAUUUAAUCUUUUAUUCGGGAAUUUUUCGGUUUUUUACUUCUUUUUUCAACUAUUCUUUUACUUUCUUCUAAAUUUUUUCAUUUCUUACGCUUAAUGGGUUCAUGAUUUAUGUUUUCACUUCUUCAAUUGUCAAUUCUGUCAGUAUCAUCGUCUAUAGACUCCGUAGGCUGCAAAUAUAUUCGUAUAAUACACGACCUCUG